AUGGAAGCCGGGAAAUGGACGAACGACUUGGCGGCUCUGCGACGGGAUCUCAAUCGAAAGAGGGCCAUCCUAAAAGUGGUGAUUGAUGGAACGAAAAAGAUUGAGAACACUGAUUUGAUCAACAACGUUUUCAAACUACGGGAAGAUCUCCGAAUGGAUCGCCCGCAAUUCACCGUCACUUUACAACAAACGCUUGCUAUGGAUGAGAACACUUGCUGGAUCGUUGAAGUGACUUCUCUGGCCAGCGACUCGCGAACGAUUUCCGCCUGCUUGUUACCGCCGCAAAGCACUCGAUGGGGUAUUUUUGAUGAAAAUUUGUGCCCAUUACAAGUGAUACCAGCGAAUUCGACGGUGGUACUUGUUAUUGCCGCGAAAACGAUGAGAAUUUUUGAGGAAGAACAUGUGAGUAUAGCGCUGGAUCUGCAACCGGUCACUCAAUUCGACGGUUUGGAGAAUAAAGUGUGUAAAACGAUGAUGUUGAAAGCUCCAAAGGCCGCAAAAUUCUAUCAACUUCAUCAAUUGGAUCAGUACAGCCUGCAAGAGGUUUCAACGUUGAUUCUGGUGCUCUCCGUGACUCGUUUUGAUCAAGAAAUCCCCGAAAUGUCAUCAAAUGAAUUGAAUUUGGCUUUUAAUGGAAAGUUUAGCACAGUCGAUUAUGGACCUUUCAAAAUUUGCACAGGAUUGGGAGAGUUUUCGUCGAUUUUUCUGUAUUCAAUCCCAUCUAGGGGCUAUAAAAUUUGUCGAUUGAACACACCGAAUGAUGAGCUAGCGACCGGGUUCCUUAAAUUAUUGAAAACAAAAUUAAUU